GUGUGGUGUCCUGGCCGGGCAGGAACUCUCGCUUGUACCCUUACUCCAGAGCUUUCCAAUCCCCCCCACCUCCCUCCUGCACUGUCUGUGACGCCGGGUUCCAUGUCCCCGGGUACGAGCUCGGGCACGGAACGCGGUCCGGCCUGGGAUGGUCAGAAACAGAGUGCAUCGGCUGCUGACUGCGAUCAAUAGGAGGAUGAUGAAGCUGCUCAUUGCACUCGCCUUGAUCGCCUAUGUUGCCUCUGUUUGGGGAAACUUUGUCAACAUGAGCAGGUCACUCCAAGAAAAUGGAGAGCAGAAAAUGGAAAUGAAAAUAGAAGAGGUGAUUGCACCUUUAAGAGAAAAGAUAAGGGAUUUAGAAAAAAGCUUCACACAGAAAUACCCUCCUGUGAAAUUCUUAUCAGAAAAAGAUCGAAAGAGAAUUUUGAUAACAGGCAGUGCGGGAUUUGUAGGGUCACACCUUACAGACAAAUUGAUGAUGGAUGGCCAUGAAGUCACUGUCGUCGACAACUUUUUCACAGGUCGUAAAAGAAAUGUGGAGCACUGGAUCGGUCAUGAGAAUUUUGAGCUUAUUAAUCAUGAUGUGGUUGAACCACUUUACAUUGAAGUGGACCAGAUUUACCACUUGGCUUCACCAGCUUCUCCUCCAAACUAUAUGUAUAACCCCAUCAAAACACUAAAAACCAACACCAUUGGGACAUUAAACAUGUUGGGGUUGGCAAAACGCGUUGGUGCUCGCCUUUUACUGGCUUCCACUUCAGAGGUCUAUGGAGAUCCUGAAGUGCAUCCUCAAAAUGAAGACUACUGGGGACACGUGAACCCCAUUGGUCCUCGUGCCUGUUACGACGAAGGGAAGAGAGUGGCAGAAACUAUGUGCUACGCUUACAUGAAACAGGAAGGUGUGGAGGUCAGAGUGGCUCGGAUAUUUAAUACAUUUGGCCCCUGCAUGCACAUGAAUGAUGGAAGAGUCGUCAGUAACUUUAUUCUGCAGGCACUCCAGGGAGAGCCUUUAACUGUAUACGGAUCAGGAUCUCAAACCAGAGCAUUUCAAUAUGUCAGUGACUUGGUUAAUGGACUUGUAGCUUUAAUGAACAGUAAUGUCAGCAGUCCUGUUAAUCUGGGGAACCCGGAAGAGCACACUAUCCUGGAAUUUGCUAGAUUAAUUAAACACCUUGUUGGUAGUGGAGGGGAAAUCGGCUUUCUUUCUGAAGCUCAAGAUGAUCCUCAAAGACGAAAGCCAGACAUCAGAAAAGCCAAACUUCUGCUUGGUUGGGAACCUGUGGUUCCACUGGAGGAAGGCUUGAACAAAACCAUCCACUACUUUAGGAAGGAACUUGAAUACCAAGAAAACAAUCAGUAUAUCCCCAAGCCUAAACCUGCAAGGAUAAAAAAAAGCAGGAUGCGACACAGCUGAACACUCCAUAAAAAAAAACUAGGAUCUCUUGAUGGUUUAAC